ACUUUCCUGGUGACCCAGCGGUUACGACUCCGUGCUUCCAUUGCAGGGAGGGCAGCUUCAAAGAGCCUAAGAGCUACAGGUAUCAGCCAGGAAGAAGGCAGCCUCAGGAAACAAGUCCAGAAAAAGAGGGGUGGGGUAUAACUUUCAAGCGAAGAUUUGCAGCAGCAGGAUGGAGCAGACAGGCUCUCCAGGACAGGGAGGAAGGCAUGUCCUGGAGAGAUGGCCCAAGAUACCUUUUCCCUGAGUGGGAGCACAACUUAAUUGGCAGUCAAUUAACUGACAUGAAUUGAUAGGCACUCCUUUCAUUUUUUGGAUCUGAUCAUGCAGGCAUAGGGCAGUAUAUUCAGUGAAUGAUCCUUCUUUCAGAAAUUUCAAAGACACGUUUGUUAGUUAGCACAAUUUGUGCCCUUAUUGCUUCAUAGUCCUUCAGAAUCAGAGUCAGUUCUGACUGAGGUUCCAGAUGAUGCAGCGAACAUUCCACACGAGGAGGUCCGUGACCAAGUCAGGGGACCCUCCCCCUGCCAUCAACAGCAUCCCCAUCACCCCACUCCUACAGUCACCGUUGCCAGGCAGUUGGAGGGACAGGGGCUGCAGAACACUGGCGAAGAGAGGGCGAAGGAAGGUGGCAAUACCAAAGGAGCAUGGAGACGCACAGUGCUUUCAGAGUGUUUUGGAAAGCAAGGCAAUUGUACAUGAGAAAACCAACAGCUGAUUCAGAGUAUGAAGUCCCACUGACAUGGAAAAGAAAGCAUUUUAAAAGGAAGAAGAAGAGACCAUCAAAAGAAGUCUCUGAGAAACACUCUCCAGUACAGGACUACAAUGAGAUGCUCACAUUCCCCUGCUCCAUUUGCAAGCAUGAGGUUGGCCUGCCUGGAGUUUUCUCCCACAAGAAGCAGCACAUGGCUCUGAGCACGCUGGGCUUGCAGUGGAUGGGGGGGAAGAAACCAGGGCUCUCGGCGAUCAUAGGCCAGAGACAGUCUGUCAUUACUAAGCUGCUGGCAUCUUUUGCGUUCAACGAGAAAACCUUGCAGAGCAUUAAUAAUGCUUUUGAGCUACUGUGGAAGAGACAGAUACCAGCAUACUAUAAGAUUAUGCAGAACCUUUGCGAGAGUUCCAUACAUCCUCAAAAAAUCGGUCACCUAUUAAUUAAAGGAGCAGCUGUUUGCAAAGACAGGAAUUCUACAUGGAGAGUUGACAUGAAUAAUAAAUUCAUUGUCGUGAAUAAUUUUGGCAGUAAACCCAACGUGUGUUUUUUUGGUUUGUUUGAUGGACAUCACGGAGCCUCAGCAGCCGACUUGACCUCAAUGGAACUCCCAGUUUUACUACUCCAUCAACUUUCCAGACUUGAUCCUUCCUACCAGAUGACUUCAGAAGAGCAAAAAGUAAUCAAUUCUUUCAACACAGUGUUUAGUGAAGACUACAGAGCUAUAGAAGAGUCCUUCUCCUCCAAAAAGAAAAGGACAAAAGGAAUGAAAAGCGUGUAUGAGAACAUACACAAAGCCUUUGCCAAAGCGUUCUGGAGAAUGGACAGGCUUUUACGUCUUGGAAGGAGGGAAGCGUCCAGGGUCCGAUGGAGUGGCUGUUCCGCAGUCACUUGCAUACUGGAAAGCAGUGUUGAGAGUCCCGAAGCCAGGAAGUCUUGGGGAAGAAUCAGUAACCUUGCUGCUUUGGCAGAUAGGCACCUUUUCCCGGGGAUGCCCCAAAUCACCACUGGGGUGCUACACAUCGCAAAUGUUGGUAAUGUGCAAGCAGUCUUAUGCAGAAACGGGAAAGGCUUCUGCUUAACCAAAGAGCACAGCACGCGGAACGUGGAGGAGAGGAGGCGGGUGCUCCGGCAGGGCGCGGUCAUCAGCGCCAACGCGCCGCACGGCCUCCUCCAGGGGCAGACGACCACCACACGAGGACUUGGCUUCCACGGGAAUCUCAAGCUGAAAAGAUUCAUCAUCCCAGCGCCUCAGACGGUUUCUGUGCCCAUAGAUGACUUGUGUCAGUUCCUUAUCCUGGGCACCGACGGGCUCUGGGGAGUUCUGGACACGAAGGAGGUCACCGCGCUCGCCAUGUCGGCUUUCCAAGCACACAGAGAAACACGGGGUCCUGCCACGGGGAACCAACCGUCACCACCCAGAGGGUCUCUGCUUUGCCCCAUCAGCGAACACACCACAUCCAGACCAGAGACUAACAUCCACAUAGUGUUCCAGCGCAAAUCUGGAGAACGGGCGUCAACUGCAAGUUCAAAAGAAAACCUGUCAGUUUCAAAACAGUCUAUUUGUGACCCAGAAAGUUCAGGACUAUCUCCACCAAAAAAGACUACUCGUGAUCCCUGCAGUGAGGAAGGAACCGGCGGACUGACCAGUGUGGACAGAGAGCCGAAAGACUCAAGAGAAAGACAGGGAGGACCAGGCAGUCAGAGUUUCUACGAGGGCGCUGCCGCGUACGUCAGCCAGGAGCUCGUCAACGCUGCUCUAGCGGCGGGCUCCAGAGACAACAUCACAGUCAUGGUGAUCCUUCUCCACGGAACCGAGCAUCAGCUGCUGACAUAAAAGCGCUGGCUAUCCAGAGAAGAGAAACAUGGAGACAGGUCUUCAAUGAACCAGGUACCAGAACAAUGCAUCCAUUUUUAAGAAUGCAGUAAAGAAAAUAUAAAAGCAGAUUUCAGGUAACACAAUGCCAUUUGUAUAUAUUCAUGUGAAAAAAGAGAAGAACCAGUACUUGCUUUUUAAUACCACUUUAUUCCAACCUGAGCACCUCAAUAUAAAACUAAACACUGGUGAACUGUUGUCCUUACUAAUUCUGAAUUACUGUAAGUGUACAAGUUCCGCUAGCAG